AUGCUCGUGUUCGCACGUGAGCUCUUCGCCCGCUCGGCACCCACAUCAGCAUGGUUCGUCGAUCUCUCUUCACAGUGCGACCAAGCGUACAUCUCCACACUGACGGGCACUGCGCCAGUCCCUAUGCGUUCCUGCGUCUCCGGGGGACUUGUACCCCUGGAUGCCGGUCCAUCGAAACUCUCACCUAGCUCAAGCCCGGCCCCGGGCCUUAUUGCGACUGCUGCGUGGUCAUCUCGGCUGGACUGCCGGCUACCGUCUGACCAGGCAUGUGCCUCUACUCCCCACCAUCUCAGGGGUUCGAGAGCCACCAACUCUCCUGAUUAUGUGCCGCAGCCGUCAGCCACAGACAGCUCUCGUGAGGCGUCUCUGAGUGGCGAGGAGAGCACCGUAAGACGGAUUGCUUCGACGGGUCAUUGGUGGUUCACUUUACUGAGGCUAGCUGUCACGCACCCCAAGGGCCUUUUUUAUCGCUUACUGCAGCGCUUAUCCAUCAACUGGAAUCAGUGCAGCACGAAGACGUUGAGCCCGAGAGCGAGCAAUUCACUUUCAGCAUGCUAUCGCAACUCGCCACUCAGACAACUGGUUGUCCGCCGAGAAGCAUUUCUACACACGUUCACGACUCAGUGGGCUUGA